GCCGAUGUGUGGCGAAGGCAUCGAGCGUCGUUUGUGAAGCUGCAGGCGCUUCUGGGCGAUACACAGAGUCGUGGAGUGGUGUUCAUGAGCGGUGACGUCCAUUUCAGUGAGCUCUCCUGCUGCGGCGACGAAAAGUGCGCGGCCGUAGGCUAUCCACUAUACGAUCUAACGUCGAGUGGGUUGACGCACGCGUGCUUCGACGGCUGGACUAAAGGCGAGGUGUGCGAGACGGCGCUGAGGUGGUUAACCUGGGCCUCGUAUCGUAUUGGUGAGGUACACGGAGUGGAGAACUACGCCAAGAUCAGCAUAGACUGGGAUCGUGGUGAGCUGAGCAUGGGUACGUAUGACAUGGGGGACAGGGUGCUGACAGACGCCACAAUCCGCAUCGCCGACCUAGUGCCAGGAUCGUCUCAAGGCAAAGUCCUUAACGGCUGCCCUGUAGAUCGCAUGCACUACUGGUUGAACGAGCGCUUCCGCUUUGUGCUGGCGGCGGUGGGUACCAGUCUAGCUGUGUUUAUCGUCUUAUUCAUCAUGCUGUUGACGAAGUGCAUCAGAAACACCUUCUGCGGGUCGUGUUAUGAUAAGGAGGGCACUCCAAGAUUCAAAGUGUAUGUCGAUCCGAGGGAGCGCGCUGAGUCGGUUCUCGGUGAAGACACGGAGGAAGAGGCUUAUUCGGACUACAAACGAAUAGAUGAGAAGAAGAAGAAGAAUUAGGGUGACUUGUACUUCAGCACCAAAGCACAAAUACAUAGUACAUACGAUUGAAAUAAAGUGAGCAAUGAUAAAGACUACGG